AUGACGGAGGAAGCGCUGGCGCAGCAGGUGAUGCAGGAGUUCAUGGCAACGCGUCACGCCGGGUCCUCGGUGGAGCUGCUCCGCUCCGUGUUCUCCGCGCGCCUGCAGCAGACGAUUGCGCAGCGCUACCCACUCGCGUACAAUCGUCUUUUAUUGGCGUGGCAUUGGCGCGGCAAGUGGCAUUGCCUUGCGGAUGAAAUUGUGGGACUGCGCUGCUUCCUCGACACCCUGAGGGACUACGCUGAGACUAGAGAUCUGGAGGUUCACAUCGCGUUCAGCGAGUUGCGGUGCUGUCUGCAGGGAGAAUCACUGCGCGGUGCGGCUGACGGACGGCAGCGUUGGCGCGCUACUGCGGGAGCAUCUUCUCCGGGAGGGUGCCUUGGAUUGCUGGUGUGA